AUGUUUAAAACGCGAUCUGUAACUCGUAAAGAAAAAGAGGGCCUGCAACUACCAGAGGAUCACUCGCAAUCAAGUCAGUCCAGCUUCUGCACAAUGGAAAGUAUGUUAGAUAUGAUGGAAGAAUUGAAAAAGGAGUUGGCAGUUAGUGAAACCUGGCUACAUAAUGGUAUUGACUCGCAUAUUGUUGCAAUUGAAAAUUAUAAUUUUUUACGAAAGGAUCGUGGCAGUCGAGGAGGUGGAGUGGGCAUUUACGUGAAAUCAAACUACAAAGCAACUUUUAUAGAACAAGAUGUUUCUAAAACGUAUGAGCAGCUUUGGUUACGAGUUGUUGAUAAAAAUAAGGUAAUAUUUAUUGUGGGUGUUGUCUAUAGGCCUCCCAAUACCAAUGUUUUAAAUUUUAUCGCGGAGUUUGAGGAUGCGAUGUGCAAUAUUCUACCGAUUCAUAGGAAUAUUUAUGUGCUGGGCGAUUUUAACAUUGAUUAUUUGAAAUCUGAAGAAGUUUGUGUCGUUCGUUAUAAAUCAAUGUUGGAUGCGCUCGGAUUACAACAAAUAAUUAAAGAUUCAACUCGGGUAACAGCACUUUCGUCCUCCCUAAUUGAUCAUAUUCUUGUGUCCGAUCCGCAGACUGUUUUGUUCUCUGCGGUUACACUUUCUCAUUUAGCUUCUGACCAUAACUUCAUAACAUGCUCCAUAACUACUGUAUGUGACCGUCCAAUUAUGUCAAGACUCACUUAUAGGGACUACUAUAAUUUUCAUGAAGUAUCUCAAUAUUUUGAUUUAACACUGUCUCAACUCAACUGGCAUGAAAUAUAUAUGUUACCUAGUGUAAAUGAUAAGGUUGACACAUUCUCUGGCAUCUUGCUUUAUAUUUUUGAUCUGUAUUUCCCCCUUAAAACCAAACUUCUUAACAAACCGGAAUUACCAUGGCUAACUAAUGAAUUUUGCGAAGAGUUUCCACACAAUUUUAUACCGACUCCCGGCUACUGGAUAGAAUGUUCCCGACAAAAAAUUGCCACAGAUACGAUUUGGGAUGAAAGCGAAUCUGACAGAGAUCUCCCUGAAGGUGACGAGGAGGAUCGUGACGUGACGGAUCACGAUAACGGCCAUCAUUCCAGGACUCACGAUCACGGUUGCAAUGAUUUGUACGAAGAUGACGAGGAUGAGGAUUCAACGUCACCGUCUCCUCGAAAAAAGACAUCAAUAGAAGAGCAAUGGGAAAAGAAUGGCUGUUUUGAACUAACAAGUGUGGAGCAGGAAACUUACGAGAAAUACUUUUACGGCACAGAGCAUUGGAACUACUUUACGAACGAUGAGGACUUGGGACCGGUCAUACUUUCAAUUAAACAAGAAACACUUAAUUCUAGAGAUCAAUUUAGGAUAUUGGUUAGGGCUAUAAGCUACACAGUACACGGUUUGAUACCCGCGAGUUGUGUCUUUGCGGAUCGUUACAACAGAGAAGAAGUGGUUAGAUCAUUGGGCAAAGAAGUGAACAUUAACCCACCCCUUACGCUUGGUCAACUGCCCGAUACACCCGAAGAACUUUUAAAAUUAGAUCAGGUUUUUAUAAAGUCUGAAUUGAAAGUGGGUGUAAUUUACAUUAAGGAAGGCCAAUAUACGGAAGAAGAAAUUUUAGAUAAUAAUGAUAAUUCUAUGUUAUUUGAAGAGUUCCUACAAAUUUUAGGUGAAAAAGUAAGAUUAAAAGGAUUCGAUAGAUACAAAGGUGGUUUAGACACCGUUCACGAUUUGACUGGAUUAUACUCUAUUUAUACAAAUUGGCGUAAUAUAGAAAUUAUGUUCCACGUGAGCACCCUUUUGCCUUAUGAAAAACACGAUUCGCAAAAAUUGCAAAGGAAACGACACAUAGGAAAUGACAUAGUUUGCGUAGUCUUUUUGGAAGCGGAUAACACAUCAUUUUCACCUGCAUGCAUCAAAAGUCACUUCCUCCACACUUUUAUACUUGUUCGAACGUCCCCGCGAAUAAAACGAAAACCUACAAGAUAUGAGGUAUCAGUAGUAACAAGAGACGAGGUAGGAGCAUACAAGCCUUAUUUAUGGGAACAAAGCGUUUUUGACAAAGGUCCAAUGUUUAGAGAGUGGCUACUAACAAAAAUCGUUAACGGCGAAAGGGCAAGCUAUUCGGCACCGAAGUUUGCUAGAAUGCAGGAAAGAACUCGAUCGCAAAUGCUCGAAGAUAUCGUGGCGAAUUUGCAAAAUCAUGCCGAAACCGGUCAAAUUCCGAAGCCUUACAGGAGAGGAUCGUGGAGACCGAUUGGGCACAUGCGUCCCUCUUCGCCUUUGCUAGAUAGUGUAAGAGAUCAAUUUGAAGAUUAUGAUCAACUAGCAAAAGAUUUCACUAGAGUGUUUUUGAAUGCCGAACAGAAUAUUCUGCAGAAUGCUCAACUGUUUGAUGUCGUGUUUAUGGUAGGACAAUCAAAACAAAAGGUGAAGUUUAUUGGUGUUCGUGCAAUAUUGGGCGUUCGAAGUCGAGUUUUUCAAGAAAUGCUUUACGGCAUUCAAACGGGAUUUGGGUCGCCUCAGCAAUCAAGGCCAAAAAGUAGUAAUUUUUUGCAAGUUCCCGAUAUUGAAUCGCCAAGGCCGAAGAGCGUUCCAAGCUCGCCGAUGGUCAAGAGAGCGUUCUCUCGAUUGGGAACAAUAACGGCAGGAUGGGGCAAAUCCAUUAGAAAGCACAACACGCAAACACUGACUGUAGAUGAUAAAAAAAAGUGGUCUAGCAGUCAGGAUUGUUCUAAUAAAGAUGGUAAAGACAAGGAGGGCAAAGAAAAACCAAAUGUAGGCCAGCUGCCGGUUCCCAGGCUAAGCGUAUGCGCAGACGCACAAAAAGUAGAUAGGGCAAAACUCGCACAAACUGAAUUUUCUAUUAUUGAAUUUGAUCCCGAAACGUUUCGUAUUUUAUUAGAUUAUUUACACACAGGAUCGUGUCCUCUUACAUGUGCCACAAUUCCUGGAUUAAUUUGCGCCGCGGAGCAUUACGACUUGCCCGAAUUAUUGCAAGCCUGUUUUCAUCAUGCGAAACAGUUUCUUCGAAUAGAUGUUGUAUGUUGUAUGUUAUGUUCGUUAGAAAAUUAUUAUUGGAGGUAUACGUCCGCCUCCGAAUUAGUUAAUAUGAUACUAGCUUUUGUCGAGACAAGAGCGUACGCUUUAUUCCAAACUGCGGAGUUCUUGACGCUUAGUGAAUCUAUGGUACAAAUGAUAAUGUGCAGGAACUUGGAGGUUCCCGAAGUUAGAAAAUUUGAAGCAAUGCUAAGCUGGGCGAGAUAUAAAAUACGCACAAAAACGUCGAGUAAGUUAGAUGCGAAAUUAGAGUUUAAAUGCAUUAUGGAGAGACUUGCCAGAGACUUAAAACUAUAUCGAAUUUCUCCCCAAGAACUGAUUAAGGUCGUACUUCCAUCAAAGGCGAUAAAGAACGAGCGAAUAUUGGAAACGUUAAUGUUCCAAGCGAAUUCCGGUAUGUACCGAAUCCAGGAUUCCUACCUUAAAGAAGCUACCCAAAAACUCCAGAAACAGGAAUCUCGUUUUUCUGAAUGGGAAUCCUUUGAUUUUAGCGCGUAAAUAUACGUUCGCGAAAUUGAAGACAAUCACAACCGCAAUUUCAACAUCAAUUUUGUGGUGAUAUAAUUUUCGUGCGAAUAAAGUGGAUAACCUUCCAAAUGGGAACAAGUGAUUUAAUGUUGUAUAUAUGAAUUGAUGUGAUUGCAGGACAAUCCUUAACUUGCAGACUCAAUGUUCGCCUUUUGUGUAAAAUUGUUAAUGAGCAUCGUUUUUUCUAUUAGAGUGAUGUAGAUCGGUUGAAAUCUUUACAAUGUCAAUGCAUGGCCCGACCCGUACACGUAGAAAAUGGAAGGCAAUGAGUGUUAGGAUAGUCAAACCUUUUUACUGUAACCUUUGUUGAUACCUAGAAACACCAAAAUAGUGAUCUACACCGUACGUGUCCCCUGCAUGAAAGCAAUACAGUUACUUGCACAAUAAUUAGGUAGGUACCUACCUACUGGGCCAGUCGGUAUGGCAAAUGGGUAACUUUGCUAGAUCAAUCAGUAUAGGCACGAAAUGUGGGACUAAAUAAUUAAUGCAUCAUAGUGAUCUAACUCCUUUCUUGUAAAGUCAUUAUCUAACUACCUACGAUACGUACAAUUAGAAGGUUUAUGCUUGACACAAUGUCACUAUAAAAAAAUCGACAAAGUCCUCCAUUAAUAAUUAUUGUUACCUAAAUAAACGAGGGAGGCAACAGCAAAUAGGCUUAAUGUUAAAAAAAAGCAAAAAAACUGAAAUAUAAUUGAUCAUUUUGUCCAAUUGUCCAGUAUCACUAUAAGUUUGGUCAAAACCGAUAGAAUGGUUAUGAGGGGCAUUUUUUAGCCUCAGAUCCAAAUGUAGAUCUGAUUUUGCCGUUUUUACUGUCACUCUGAAACUACCUAGACUACACUAUGUCUAGUGGUACUUAUUCUUCAUAUCAGUCCGUCGUCAACACAAUUAAUUGGAUGGAAUGACCACUGCAAUACUUUAGCAUUUUUCCAUAUUGAAUAUCCAUCUCAGCGAUUGAAAGAGUAAAGAUAAUUAUAUAAAUAUGGUCACAUUCUUCAACUUACAUUGGCUGUCAUCAAAUAAGUGCGUAUUUAGUUGUCAAGUAAAGCGCAAAAAUAACUGCCAAAUGCAUAUCUAUCUUCAGCAAUUUACUCGCUGUUAUCAAUGUUAUUUCUUCAAGAUUAUAACCAAUAGCAUACCUAUAUUAGCAAUAAAUGGGUAAUAUUCAUACAUUACAAGAUUGCUGCGCAGACAUGGAAUAUUUCCCAAAUUAUAGUUUAAAAAUAUUUGUUGACAAUAAUUUUUAUACCUCAACUUUUUUUAUGGGCUACUUUAGAGAAUCCGCGCAGCGAAUGGCAACUUAAAGGUUUUACUCCGAUCUAUUCCGCUCUUGAAAUUUUUUUAUUGUUGCGGCUCUUAUAUAUUCUAUACUGAUCGCGAUGAUCGUUGUUUAUUUAGUACCUGUGUUGUAAAUAAUAUCGGCAGGUUAUCGCUGACCCUGUCUGUAUAAAGACUCGUUGUUCAUAUCCGUGUUCGAUGUUAUAGGUACUCGAAUCGCAAACCAAGUCUUUUAAAGGCUAAAUAUAUUUUAAUUACAUUGUAGAUAGCAAAAAGGAGAAUGUUAACAUGUUUUGAUACAAAAUAGUAAACGAAAGUAAAAAAAUUAUCAAUGUUUCUUUGCCACUGUUUGUCUACCCAAAUUUUACUUUAGACAAACAAUAAGUGUCUUCGAGUAUUCACAAUAUUAAGCAUUGUUGUCCCAAUGUUGCCAUAUUACAAACCUGUCAAUUUAUGUACCUACCUUGCUUUACUUAUCGUUACCUCCUGGUGUACUGCGAUAAGAAACACAUUGAUGCACUUUGAAUAAUUUUUUCUUGUUGUUUUUUCGGAAAAGACGCAAUUGUGUUACCUACCGACCUUCAGUUAACAUGUAUCAUCUUUUGUUGAUGAGUUUAUGUAUGAAUCAAUGGUUCUAUUGGUACCUAUAGUGAACGUGUUACCGUAAAUAAGAUGUUAAUGCAAUCCAAAUGUAACUAGGUAAAGCAAUGCUAAAUCACCAAGAUUAACCAAUAGAAUCAUACACGCAAAG